AUGUUCCGGAUGGAGGACCUGGGAAUAAAUGCCAUUCAAACGCUCCUUUCACAUGUGUCAGAAAAGGCCAAGAGGAACGCCCUGCAGGACUACCAGAGGACUGACAGCAUCAAACUGGUCGUCUCCUCUCCAGUAACUGCCAACAUGACCAAGAGCCGGAAGGUCCCCAUGGCCAGGUGUGCACGCGCCUGCAGCCGCAACAAGAGACUGCCCUUCAACUGCAGAGCCUUCCUCUACGAUCAUAAAAACAGGAAGUGCCAAUGGUUGUCCUUUGACAGAAACUCCCCAGGAAUCCAGGCCGUGCAGAACUUCAACUUUGACUUGUACCAGAAGAAGGAUUACGUGCGUGAGUGCAUUGUGGGCACUGGGCUGGGUUACCGCGGGCAACGGUCGGUGACGGUGGACGGGGUCAUGUGCCAGGCCUGGUCCUCACCCAUCCCACACGAACACACCAUGUCGGAAAGGUUUCCGAAGAAAGGCCUGACCCAGAACUACUGCAGGAACCCAAACAACUCCACCAUGGGCCCUUGGUGCUUCUCCAUGGACCCCCAUAUGAGGCAUCAGCAUUGUGGCAUCCCCCAGUGCUCCCAGGUGGAGUGUAUGCUGUGUAAUGGGGAGGACUACAGAGGACCCAUGGACCACACAGAGACGGGGAAGGAGUGCCAGCGCUGGGACCUGGAGGAGCCCCACAAGCACCUCUACCACCCCAAACGGUACCCGGACCGAGGCCUGGAAGACAACUACUGCAGGAACCCGGAUGGGCGGCAUAGGCCUUGGUGCUUCACCACGGACCCCCACACGCCCUGGGAGUACUGCCACAUCAGAGCCUGUGACUCUCCUCCUCAGCCCCCCUCGGGGGAGACCACUGAGUGCACGCAGGGCCGGGGGCAGGGCUACAGGGGCUCCGUGGACACCACCCCCACCGGGCUCACCUGCCAACGCUGGGACAGACAGUACCCCCACAACCACACCUUCAUCCCAGAGGCCUACCCCUGCAAGGACCUGAGGGAGAACUUCUGCCGGAACCCGGACGGCCGUGAGUCUCCCUGGUGCUUCACCACUGACCCCCGCGUGCGCAUGAUGCUGUGCACACACAUCCCCCAGUGUGGUGCUCACAACAAACCCUUCAACGAUUGUUACGAAGGUUUUGGGGAGAAUUAUCAAGGAGAUCUGACUCGGACCCGCUCCAACCUGCCCUGCACGCCCUGGAGGGACCAUGCCAACAGUGGCGAGAGGGGGAUGCAGAUGCCAGGUCUGGAGGGGAGCGCGUGUCGAAACCCGGACAAAGACAAGCACGGCCCCUGGUGCUACACUAACAACUCUGCCAUACCCUGGGACUACUGCAACAUAAAGCAGUGUGAGAUUCCACAGAACACCCUGCCGCUAGGGGAGCUGUCCUCCGUGGGCUGUUUCAUCCACAAGAGGCCGAGGAUCGUGGGAGGCAGUCCAGUCAGCAUCACAGAGGGCAGCUGGAUGGUCAGCAUACAGAAAGGGUCCAUGCACUGGUGCGGAGGCUCGCUGAUCCGAGAGGAGUGGGUCCUGACAGACCAGCAGUGCUUCUCCUCCUGCGUCCCGGACCUGAGCGAGUACAGAGUGUGGCUGGGCAUCUCCAGUGUGGAGGAGGGAGCACCUGAUUGGUCCAGAGGGCAGGAAGUCAGCAUUGCUCAUGUGAUCUGUGGGCCGGAUGGAUCCAGCCUGGCCCUCAUACGCCUGUCCAAGCCUGCCCUCCCUGCGGACACGGUCCACACCAUCCAGCUGCCCGUGGCCGGCUGCUCCAUCCCAGAGGGCACGCUGUGCAGGAUGUACGGCUGGGGAGAGACCAAAGGCACUGGUCACGAGGAGGUUCUGAAGGCCGUCCACCUGCCCAUUGUGAGCAACGAGAGGUGUCAGAACCUGCACAAAGGAAACCUGCGCAUCAGCAAUAACAAGAUCUGCGCAGGGGGCAGGAAGAACGAAGGCGUGUGUGAGCGGGACUACGGCGGGCCCUUGGUGUGUCAGGACGGGGACAUCCGUGUGAUCAUAGGUGUGAGCGUUCACGGCAGAGGCUGUGCACGGACCAACCAGCCCGCCAUCUUCAUCAACGUGUCCUUCUACACUCAGUGGAUCUAUAAGGUGUUCAGGCACUACCCCAAUCCCGACCUGGUGUAA